AUUGAAGGCCAACCCUCUUGAGUCAUUAUUCAUCUAUGACAUUUUGUGGAUUAAUCCACAUCAUCAGUUCAAGCUCAUUUGAAGGCAAUCCUUUGUGGUUUCUUGGGCGACUUGGGAUUGAGACAGCGAUGAACAGUGCCGCGCAGGGAGUUUCUCACCGUUUCUCCAUCAAAUUGAGGGCUUUGCUUCAGAUUUUUGGAACUCAGGAUGUGCCUGGAGCGGGUGAAUCCGUAUUUGAGGGGAGGCCUUUGUGUAGAUUUUGCAACAAAAACAACUGGUUAGCACUCUUGUUUUGGUUGGGUAAACCUGAUUUUGAACCAAAAUUGAGUGGGAAGUUUAACUUCGAGCUCGGAAACUUGUGGGAUGUGUUAUGGGCUGAUUUGGUUCGUGGUGGCCUACCAUUUGAUAAAGCAGCUGUUUUGGUUCGUGGUGGUCUCCUAUGUGCUGAAAUGAACAUUGUUUUGGUUAGCCAUAGCCUGGACAAUGGCAUGAUGGCAGGGGGAAUCGAGUGGCUGCUUGGGCAGCCUUACCACUGCUUGUACCUCUUUUUGGGCUGUGAAUGCAGUGUGCUGAUUUUUGGGUUGUUUGGAUGCUGAUUUAUGACUUAUUGGGUUUGAUUCCGCUGAAAUGCAACUUGAACUUGAAGUGGCCUGGGCAGUAUAUGGGCUGACCUAUUGCACUUUUAGGACUCUUUGAGAGUAUGCAAGCUGCCUUGUGGAUGCCGUGGACAGGAAAGUAUUCCUAUGCAAAUAAUAGUUUCUAGCUCUCCAAAUAAAAUAUGUGCAUGAAGCAAAGAUGGCUCCCACUCUCAAUAUGUAUUUGGCUGGUUGGUUAGCUUUCAAUCUGCUUAGCACUUCUCUAAUAGUCUCCCCUUCAAUCUUGAAAUUGAUCCACUCGCUAAUUCCCAGGUACACUGACUUUGCAUAUGGACAUCUACAAAAUAGAUGCUGACAGUCUUCUUCUUCAGAUUUACACCGCAGACAUAAGGUGUCAAUUGGGAAAAUCUGCUGAGUCUGGACUUUGUCUGCAACCUCUCCUUACAAAUUAACCAGAGUAUAAUUUUAUGCUUAGGGAUAGCUAAUUUGUUCCACACAAGUUGAGUCGAGUCAAGAGUCUGUUUCUGACCCAUUAGCCAUUGGUAUCCAAGUUUGGGGGUAUAUAUAGUGUGUUUAUCCAUGACAGCAAAUUCUUCUCUAAUCUUGAUAAAUUUCUUCCAGUAGUAGCAAGAAUCAGCUUUUGUUGGGCAAUCCCAUAUAUUGUGAUCCCUUAGAUAUCUUGUAUGUACCCAUUUGAUCCACAGUAUGUCUUUCUUCAAUGCAAUGUCCCAUAUUAAUUUCAUAAUACAAGCUUUGUUCCACAUUAUUAAGUUCUUUAAUCCCAGCCCUCCAUUCCUCUCUGGUGUGCAUACAUCCUCCCAAGCAACAAGUGGAACUUUUUUGUAUUCAAAUGAAGAGCUCCACAGAAAAUUUCUGCAUAGGGAUUGGAUCCUCUUCAUCACCUUUGUAGGUAUCAGGAACAUUUUACUCCAAAAAGUGAUAAUUCCAUAUAGCACUAAGUUGAUUAGGUUGAUUUUCCCAGCAUAAGAGAGAUGCUUUGUAGUCCAGGAAGUGAUUUUGACAGCCAUGCUUUCCACUAGCCUCUCACAUUCUCUGUUGCUGAUUCUGGAAGAAGUAAUGGGGCCACCUAAGUAUCUGAAAGGGAAGCCCCCCCUCUCCAUAUUAGUAGCUUGUAAAAUUUUCUCCUCCAUCAUGGUACUGGUCCUCCAAAUAUAAUUUCUGAUUUGGCCUUGCUCACAGAGAGACCUGUGGUGCUUUUGAAAUGUUCCAAUGCAUGCAAUAUACAGGAGAUAGAUUUUUCCUCAGCUUUACAGGCCACAAUUAGAUCAUCAGCAAACACUAUAUUGAUGAGUUCAAGGGAUUUACACAUUGGAUGAAAAGAGAAACCCUCCCUCUUAGCAUAGAACUUGAAGGCCCUGGUGAGAUAUUCCAUAAUUAAAACAAAUAGAAGAGGGGAUACUGGAUCCCCUUGCCUUAAGCCCUUUCUCCCUUUGAAGAACCCAUAGCUUUCUCCUUCAAACUAUAUGGAAUAUGAAGUGGUUGUGAUACAAAACUUAAUCCAUUUGGUGAAUUUGGAUGGGAAUUUUAGUAGGACCAGGAGUUGUUCAAUAGCCUUCCAGCUAAUGUUGUCAUAA